AUGGGUAUUUUUGGCAAAACUCACCACGAAUCACCCACAAAACAUGGGCAUGCGCCCGAUGUGAAACUCACCAAAGAGGACCAUUUCAAGUUCCGGGCUAGCUCGGUCCACGAUCCGGUCCUGGAGGCUGUGCAGGAAGCUCAGCCAUUUGAACAGGCUGCUGAUACAUCGCAAGAUGAUCCGAACCGCCAGUCUUAUUAUUCUGGAGAACAUGGAGAUAAUCAUCCACGAGACGUGUUUGGACAAGCAAUUCAACAGCCAGAUAUAUCGAAUCCAACGCGUUCCAGAGACGAAAGACCUUUGGACACCAUCAGAGGGUUUGAAUAUUCGAUUUCCGGCGAUCCUUCUUGGGGCCAGCGGCUUGAAACGCAGCAGUAUGGGUUUCAAGUGAGACCGGGAUUCCCACAAUUCGGAAAUGCCGACCCAUCAGGCCUAAAUCCGUCCCAUCAGCCCUACCUGAUGGGUGAACAGGCGGUGUACACGGCGCCGGCGCCAAAUCUCGGGGGUGAAGGAGAAAAGAAGAAGAAAAAACGCGGACUUUUUGGACGUAAGAAAAACUGA